ACACCUUGGAGUCUUGGACAUCCAUCAAUCCAGAUGUCCCAUUUAUCCAUUCCACAAUAAAAAUAAAAACUAAACCUCAAAACGCCAGGUGGGAACAUGGAAUGCAAUGUAUUAAUGCGUGAGUCGACAGUAUACGUAUUCCUAUAUCAGGGAUCUUUUUCUUUCCAACAUUAAGUAGGUUACCUAUACUAUCUUUUCUGUCUGUGACUGUUCUAUUUCAGGAUAAUCUCUUGAGUCCAGGAUUUGUAUCUAUUAUUCAAACUAUUUGGUUACUUAACAGGCAAAUAAAACUCCCCUCUCUCCCACCCAUUUCCAUAUCUUUCUCUUUUCUUUUCUAGUCUUCCAUAUCAUUAUAAACCAAACCCCCAUUCUCUAUCUAUCAAUCUACCUACCUACACCUAAGAUAUCUACGCUAGUAUCUACCCUUCGAGGUUAUCGACCUUCCAGCCUUAUAAGCCAUAGACCCCGAGUCGAGUUGCCUUACCAGAGAGUUACAGCCUGCUUAAGUGCUCGUUCAUAUCGACUAUAGACCUGUUUAUACCUAUUCGUGUCACCACUUUAGACGUUUGACAACGCUUCUGCUGUGUCUUUUUCAAACGACUAUACCUGCAAUAAAUCAAGGUCACGCGACCCUACACCAACACCCACAUCAACAUGUCGCCCACUUACACCAUGUCCGCACACCUGUGCAAACAAAUCUAUAAGUCAUUCCAGACUCGCCAAACUUCACCGGAGCCUCAAUCUGCCUCUACCUCCACACCCACCACAUACACAUCGACGUACUUGCGCCGUUCGCCCUCUCCUCAGCCUGAGAAACGCUCCAUGGAUAGCGACCGCAGCGACUCUAGCACACAUCCCACACAACCGCCGUCGAGUUCAAGUUGGAGAUGGGGUACCCGCUAAGUCGAUUUGUUUUAUCCAGGCAGAGCUGUGUCUACCUAAUGGUAGAUAUCUGUCCUGGAAUGACUUGGGAGAAUGUGGACAUGUUGCUGGUACCAUGACGUACCGGUAAUUGGAUAAUUGGAAAUGAUACCCCCUUUUGAAAUUGAUAAUUGGCGAAUACCUUACCUCACCUUACCCUGUUGGUACCUUGCGAGCUACUAAGUACUGCAACUGGCGCAAUGACCGGCGAAUCACUCAAUCAGCCUCUCCGAUCGCGCAACCCCAGAUAUGGCCCUUUCCAUGUGGGGAUAUACGAAAAUAUAUCAUACCUGGGUAUAUACAUAGCAGCACUUGAGGUCUAAGCAAUACAACAUAUAUUUUGGAUCAUGGUGGAAUACAUGAGUAUCUGGUCGCUUGCUUAACGUUUUGGGCUGUCUCUUGACACUGGCGUUUCCCGUUCAGGGAUUGGAGUUAAUGGAUUUGAUUGCAUGCAUAUCGAAAUGCAUCGUAGGAAUGGGUUUAGGUACCAUUUGGAAGAAUAUCAGGUCUGUAAGAAUUAUAUUAUUUAGCAGGCUGACUUUUACCUACUGGGUGAGAAGAGUCAAGCAUAGGUACUUAUUCCACAGAUACUGGAACAUAUAUGCAUAUUACAAAAAAGACUACCUACAUACCUAUCUAUCAGUUUUUCACUGACUUCAAAGUGCAUGUGAUUGCCUA